UAAUUCUGGUUUUUAUGUUGAUUAAGAUCUUGAGGUUUCAGCACUGUGAAGCGACUGACAAGAGACGACGAUCUUCCACAUGGGAGUGAGUCUGAGUCUGAGUCAGAGACUCUCUUCCGCUCUCAAAAAUUGAACGUUACUUCCUCUGAACCCUAAACCACCGUCAAUGUUCUCAUAAAACAUAAUAAAGCCCUCUUCUUUUUCACUCUUUUCUCUCAAAAAUGGCUCAUCAAAACGGUUCAUUUCCCCGCAUAACCUAUCAGCAACAACUUCAGCUUCUUCAGCAGCAACAGCAGCAGGUUCUUAUUCAGCAGCAGCAUCAUCUUCAGCAGCGACACCAACGACAACAACAACAACAACAACAGCUGGAACAACACCCCCGCGUGUCCACCAACAUCAUCGGAAACGGACACGUGGCUGGGCCACAGAAUCAGAGGUUAUCGUUGACGCCAUGUUCGACGCGAUUGCACUCGGACCCAAAGCAAGACCACAAGCCCGAUAACUACGAAGACCUGCAAUUGGGGUUCGACCCACGCGUGUUCAGCUCGCUGGAGCAAUACAUGCCACCCGACAUGCUCAACAAGCCGCGUGAUGUUAAGGCUCAGUAUAUGAGUAGCAUUCUCAUGCGAUAUUCCUCUGAGGGUGAUCGUGUUCGGAUUCAAAAGCACAAGGAAUAUAGGCAGAAGAUCAUGUCCACUUAUCAACCAUUAUAUAAGGAGAUAUAUACCAUGGAUGCUGAAAACUUUUUUGUGCCCUCGUUUCUCGAUGCAAUUAGAGAAAAUACGGAAGCAGGUUUUAGACGAAUACUGGCUGAACCCACAAGAGGAAUUUAUACAUUUGAAAUGCUUCAACCAGAGUUUUGUGAAAUGUUGGUAUCUGAGGUGGAUAAUUUUGAAAGAUGGGUCCACGAGUCCAAAUUCAAAAUCAUGCGACCUAAUACAAUGAAUAAAUUUGGUGUUGUUCUUGAUGAUUUUGGCAUGGAAAGCAUGCUUGACAAACUGAUGAAAGAUUUCAUACGUCCCUUAUCACGAGUUUUCUUUGCUGAAUUCGGUGGAUGCUCUCUGGACACUCAUCAUGGAUUUAUUGUUGAAUAUGGGAUCCACAGGGAUAGAGAACUUGGCUUCCAUAUAGAUGACUCAGAAGUUACCUUGAAUAUUUGCUUGGGUAAAGAAUUUUCCGGUGGAGAACUGUUCUUCCGGGGUGCUCGAUGUGAUGCACAUGUGAAUUCAGAUUCCCAACUAGAGGAGAUCUUCGAUUAUUCCCACGUUCCAGGACAGGCAAUUCUUCAUAGUGGUCGUCAUCGGCAUGGUGCCAAAGCGACGGUAUCUGGGAAGCGAAUGAAUUUGAUUCUUUGGUGUAGAAGCACAUUUUUCGUAGAGAUGAUCAAGUAUCAGAGAGCGUUUGCUGGAUGGUGUGGAGAAUGCCGGCGCAAGAAGAAGGAGAGAGAGCGGUUAUCAAUUGCAGCAACCAAACAGGAAUUGCUCAAGAGAAGAAUGGCCCUAUAACCAUGCACAUCGAAAUGGUGCUUGUAUAGUUUCUUUUUUAUUAUGUUUAUGAAUUAUGAGAAUAUCAACUUUAUGUAUAGAAGAAAUACCCUUUCCUCCUCCUCUCUUUCUUGUCACUUAACCGGCCUUCUCUCCUUUUUGUUUUUGGUAAUUCUGGAUUCGGUCUGAGUUAUGUUUUUUCAAUAGGAUUAAUGUGAUUUUGAGGCUCAAGUGUAGUAAGGGUGUAUUUUAUAAUGUUAAUGAACACUAGUGAAAAGGAAUUAUUAGCUUUUACAUUUGAAUGUUACAUAUAGCAAGAAAUUAACUUU